CAUGGGCAUAGCUGGACGAACCUGCUGGUUGGUGGUUGGAGUACAAGUCUCAGCUCAAGCAGCGGAGGUGAUACAAGAUUGUCAAGGAGAUGGUCAAAAAUGAAAUUGUUGGGCCGCCGAGAUGGGAUGAUGCGCUGGCCCCCACCCAUCCUAGGUGUCACCCAUGUACUCCGUACAUACUCCGCAGUGUACAUCGGUCUUGGCAUUGGCGAGGAUGGAUGCUGUCUUCUCUUGGCGUUGAAUGACAUGAAAAAAUUCUCCAAUGCUGAUUACACUUUGAUCAAGAGAUGCAACUCAAUGCGUGCAGUAUAUGCUAUUUCCUAUUUCAUUGCCAUCAGCUCCAAAAUGAUUAUUCUGUUGUCGUCUGCCACUUUGACAGCAGAAAAGGCUCGGCCCUUGGCCUGUCAGAUUUUGAUAGGGUAGCCUCGGCUAACGUCAUUGUACUGUGCGAAGGCGCACCGUACUUCCACCGUGGAUGCAGUUGCCAAGCCACUUGGCACCUCUUCGUCCUUUCCCCUUUCACGAAAACAACAAAUUGCGGCCUGAAGGGCUAUACGAUGUAUCUUUGGUCCAUU